AGGAAACUGAAGCAGCAGAAGCCACCAGCCCGGCCGCUGAAUGAACAGUAGCUUUCAUAUUAUGAAGCUCCCCAAGCAACAGCAAAGAAACUAAAGAGAAAAGGAGGUUUUGAGUCACAAGCCGGCUGAGUUGAAGAUGAGUGCCUUGUUUCUCAUGCUCUUGGUAUCCAUUGUGAACGUGGGCGCUUUGCUAGAAAAGGGCUCGCCAAGACGGGAAGUCCGGCGGCUGUCGUGUGUGCGAUGCUGCGGCCCUUCAGAGCAGCCUGUCUCAGUGUCCUCUUCGCGGUACGCGAGGAUGAGCAAUGACCCUGCCUAUUCGGUACCCAAAGUCCGGCCCACUAUAGACAUCACCAUCCUGAAAGGAGAAAAAGGGGAGAUGGGAGACAGAGGAAAUCCUGGAGCAGUUGGAAAGGAGGGAGCACGAGGUCUACGUGGUUAUAACGGACAGAAAGGUCAGAAAGGCCAGUCUGGCCCAUCAGGCCAUUCCUGCAAACAACUAUACGCUGCUUUUUCGGUGGGCCGGAGGAAGCCUCUCCACAGCGCCGAUUAUUUUGAGCACGUCACUUUUGACACUGAGUUUGUCAACCUCUACAAACACUUCAACAUGUUCAUGGGGAAGUUCUUCUGCUACGUGCCGGGGAUCUACCUCUUCAACCUGAAUGUCCAUACCUGGAACUUCAAAGAGACCUACCUGCACUUAAUGAAGAAUGACAACGAAGUGGCCAUCCUUUACGCCCAGCCCAGUGAUCGGAGCAUCAUGCAGAGCCAAAGCCUGAUGUUGGAGCUACAGGAGGGGGAUGAGGUCUGGGUGAGGAUGUUUAAGCGGGAGAGAGAGAACGCCAUCUAUAGCGAGGAGUCCGAUGUCUACAUCAUCUUCAAUGGCCAUUUAAUUAAGCCAGCCAUAGAGUAGCCACCUCUUGGCUACGGGCCUUCAAUGCUUUGGUGAGGCUUAUUACUAUCUCCUCUCUUAGAAGCGCACACAUGUGUAUCAGUAUGGUAAUGACCCCACUCCAGUGGAUAUCUUUAGGGCCUGCUUGAAAUCAGCAGCCAGAUGAUCUGCUUCUCGCGUUGUUAACCAGUAAUGUUUUUAUACACAUGGGAGGAAAGCGGGGUGUGUGUUUAUGAAGAAAGGGAAAUGGGGCAUACUGGCAGAACCAGGCAGCAUUUCAUUGCGAUGCUAUCGUGCGAGUACCAAGCAAACCUCAGCCCUUCUUCUGCACCCUUGGGAUGCUCAUGGGAGCAGAAGAGCCCAAUCCCACAGCCCAUUCUACAAAAACAGGCUGCAGCAUCUCUGCUGAAUCAGCCAGAGGAAAAUCUCAGAUCAAAAGUACAGCAUUUUUCUUUAAGUAUCACCUCUCUUCUGCUAUUGUAACUCCAUCACCUGAUAUGCUGACCGGCAAGUAUUUUAAACCCAUGCAUAGUCCCGUUGGAAUGGGCCUAUCUAUCUAUAACAGUCCUUUGUAUGAAGGUGCUACCUAAAAGAGCAUGGCAUAGGAUAUAAUGUAUUAUCUUUCCUUUUUAAUGAUAAACCCUGCACUGUUGCUUAGGGGCUGGGUUUCAGAGUUACCCAUCAUUGCAAUGGAAACCACAGGGAGCGGUGAGGGAUGGAGACCUCUGAAAUGUAGGCACCGGACUCUAUAAUUUCCAGUACACUACAAACCAUGUGGAGGAAUCAUCUUUCUGCAGGCUGCGCUCUUUAUUUCUUUUAAUUCACUGCAGGUAAUGGGGAAAUGUUACGUGCUAGAAACCGAAAACAGGCUUUUUUUUAUUUUUAUUAUUAUUAUUCCUCCCACUCCACACACACACUGAUCUGCAUUGUAUGGAGGAGUCAUUAAAUUGCAGUGUAGUGGAUGUUUUGCUCGGCUAAUUAUUUCAUUGCUGUACAUCUUCUGUUGCCAACUGUUUAACCUGAG